AUGCACGCGGCGACAGCCAGGUCCUGCCCGACUCGACUCAAAACGGCGAACAAGUCAGCCACUGUGGUCUUCUCCACUGCGCAGAGCAGUACGGACGACUGUGAGUCAUCCCACUCUUCCCUUUCUUCUAUGUGCUAUCUCUAACCCAACUACCUACCAACACAAGAUGCAGCAGUCUAUAAAUCUUAUCAGCUUUCUAAUCAAUAUGGGUCCGAUUGAUUCGCUGUUUGUCUUUUAUCUAUCGACACAUUGCACUAUUUUGAUUUCUUCCGCAUGUUCCCAUCACCAGCGCCACCAUAUUUAUCUGUGGUACUAGCAGCGGUUCGAAACUAUAGGGCCUGUCGGCUUGCGCGACAUUAGGUGGCGGGUAAUCGAACGGCAUUCAGCGGAGGCAAAUUGCGAAAUGAGCUGGCUUUCGGGUCGGACUUUUACAUAAUUCCAGAUCACGCAGCUGUAUUACCUAACUGGGUACUGAUCUAGCAAGUCAGUUAGUUUUAAAAAGGCGCUAAGCCAUAACGCUGUUGCGACAAGCCAGUUGUUGCCCAUCAUCUAAUAAGACCACAUCGUUGGACACCUAAGCCUGGUGCACCAGAGGAAUGAAUGGAGACGUCCACUUUUGAUUUGAAGAAACGCAGGAGGGCAUCUUUCUGCCAAACUGCCUCGUGCGCAGCAUGACAUAUUCCGAGUUUGCGGUGACCGAGCGACCAUGGUUUGCGCACCGCGUUUGGACUUCCCAGGGGCUAAUUGCGUCGAAAAAACCUUUUUGUGUUUGGCAACAGAAGGAAAUAAUCACUGCCCUCCUGCCUCUCUUUACUCCUCCCAUUGUCCAAAAAUGCGAGUUCCUGUCCAACAACAAUAACAGCAAUCAAACGUCCAUCUGUACUAUAUUUGCCGACUGCAUUACCCGCACGCAAACCUGCGUCCGUCGGAGAAUGUAGCUUGACCAUAUCAACCUGUCGACUACCGCUAGCAGAGCGCAUCUCGAAAAUCGCCUUCCGCUACGACUAGCCAGCUUUCUUCCCCAUCUGCCAGGGCGCAAUUGAUGGUUGGGAUCUGAGCUCUGGGACUGCUGGGGAGGCUACGUAAAGAACUUAUCACUACCGCCUCUAUUUGGUUAACAUCACUGCGACUCCUUCGAUAACUAGGAUCGAUUUCUGCCGGCAAGCGGAAACAUAGAAUGGUGUUGAGGUAUUUGACACUCUUAGUUCAAUCCGUUGAGGCAGUGGUUUGCACGUCGUAUGAACCUGACUGCAAGUAUCGACAAUUUUAUAGUGAGAAAGGGCAAUACGUCCACUGUGUAAGGAUUUAUCUGGCAGAGCCUCCAAGUCCGUCCCAGCUGAAUUUCCUGAUUUCUGAUUGCCUAUCGCUGUUUGAUGCCCUGCGGUGGCUUUCAACCCCAAACUAAAAAACCAUAACCCACCUUGCCCCUUGUUCAGAUCAACAGUGCCAUAUUCUUCCUCUGUAUGGUCUCGGUCAUGCAAUUGCUUCCCCCUGCCAACCGUUUGAUAUUUAUAUGUUCCUCUUUUUCCCAGUUGUACAGUUAGCAUCUUGCCGCUUUUUGUGUUUUUUCCAUUUUCUGUAUGGAGGACAUUAAUUUGACCUGGUAUGGUCGCUGUAAGCAAUUCUGCAGAAUGUUCACAGUCUUUUUGUCUUUUCCAUUAUUUGUUUUUACCAAUUGCGGUAGGAGAACUGGCAUUUGCACAUAAAUGAGAUGGUCAUUUUGAAGUUUAGGGUACCAAUUGCUAAUUGGUUUUUCUGUUUCCCUCGUGCCAUUGUCAUUCUGUUUAGAUGAAUGCAUUAUUUCCUAUUGCCUUGCCGAAUAAUUGUUUGUCAGUGUGUUAAUGAAAUAGUUUAACGGUAACAUUUUUUCCUCAGCAUUCAUAACAUGCUACGUAAUAUGAGACGGGUUUUUACUUUACAGAGUGAGCAUCUUUCAUCCACCUUUCAAAAAUCAGCAAAACACGUGUUUGGGCGUAUAGCUGGUCCCUGUUCUGCCAGUAUAGUGACUCAUUCGUCGAUUGUAUACUACUGACUGCCUGUCUGCAGUUUGUGGAUAUGUCACAUUUAUUUCACAAUAACCGGUGGUUUUUGCUCAAAUAUUCGUGUUAUCUGUCGGACUAAGCCUAUAAAGGUUUGUUCCGAGGGAUUUUCUCCAAGUUCGCACACUAUUUUCCUCAGAAAUGAAAAGGGACAACACACCUCUCUAUAUUUGGAUGGACUAAAUAAGUGAAUAAACUUUUUCCUCUGGGUGGUGCCUCUUGUGGUUCAUGAUGCAGUCGAUAAAAAGACCCGCCCGACUUUCGUCACCUAUGCUGUAGACACUUGUGCAACCUAUCCUGUCGCCGUGGUCAGUUUCAUUUGCCCUAGAUUACGACGCCAAUGUCUGCAUGGGCCGUAGCUUCUCCAUUGCUGCUCCCCAGUGCCGCAUUUUAAGGAGAUUUGUAUGUCAAGCUUUUACGCCUUUUGAUCCUUGGCACGCUCAGUGGGAAGGUGAACGUAACUUGAGCCACGCGUGACCUAGGGUCACACACAUAAUAGAAACUACUAGUGAUUAUCAACCUUCGAAUUAACCCACUCCUCUCCCACUAUCCCAAACCCUAGUUCCGUAGAACUGAAGCGUUUGCGGAAAGCAAAGUAUGAUCUGGAGCAGCGGCUCGUCGCCCUGGAGGCAGAACAUCGAGAGGAGAAGCAGGCCCUGAUGGAGACCCUCCGGGAACGCCACCCGAUUGAGACACCGAGUGCCCACGACAACGCAAGCCUCGCCUACGUGAAGAAUGUCAUCUUUAACCUUCUCGUCAGCCCUGCCUCUUCCCUGAACAGUCGACAAGCCAUGCUUAAGGCUCUUGUAAUGGCCUUGAGCUACUCCAAGGACGAGGAGUCCGCAAUAAUGCAGAGCGCUAGUCACUAA